AUGAUUCACACCCCUGCUAUCCGGAGAUCUAUCCCUACCACAACCACCCGUCUACCAUUUAUUCGGAAAGCAAACAUGUCCUUCAAAAUUCCAGCUAUCGACAAUGAGCCCAAUGUGCACUCCUUCUCCUUCUGCUCCAUGGCGAUGCGGGCUAAUACGGCCGUAGAAACACUAUGCCACGGGUUCCUCCGAGCGUAAGGCACUCACAGAAGCCAUCCAAGCUCUUCGUUCGAGAGCUCCCAUUGCCGUUCCACUCCGUAUAAAUGCGGAAUCUGUCACCACACAGUCUACAGCCCCUCAAUUCGUUCCUUCGUCACACGCUACUACACUCGCUUCUUCCUCGCAAGCUUCCAAGGAACAAGUUACUGCCGCCAUCUCAUCCGCCCUUGCAGCUAAGCCGACGUGGGAGUCCUUACCAUUCGCCGACCGUGCAGCUGUAUUCCUGAAGGCAGCGGAGCUAAUUUCCGGAAAAUACCGACCCGAUAUUAUGGCCGCUACGAUCCUUGGCCAGGGGAAGAAUGCGUGGCAAGCCGAGAUAGACGCUUCCACCGAAUUGGUAGACUUUCUGAGGUUCAACGUUCAGUACGCCGAGGAGCUCUACAAGCAACAGCCAGCAAAGAAUGCACCUGGCGUUUGGAAGUAUGUCUGUCCCCCGGCCCUGCCGAUCUAGAAAAGAGCUGAUGCAUUGUGUCUUGGUGGUUUAGCCGUGUCGAGUACCGCCCCUUGGAAGGGUUUGUUUAUGCAAUUUCGCCAUUCAACUUCACAGCUAUUGGUGGUAAUCUGCCUAUUGUGCCGGCUCUUCUUGGCAAUGUUGUUAUCUGGAAGCCUUCCCCAGCUGCAAUCUACAGCAACUACCUGAUUUACCAGAUCCUACUUGAAUCGGGCCUUCCAGGGAACGUUAUUCAAUUCGUGCCCGGAGAUGCAGAAUCCGUAACCAAUGCCGUCCUCUCGCACAAGGAAUUUGCUGCGCUUCACUACACUGGCUCCACUGCUGUUUUCCGUAAACUCUACGGCAAAAUCUCCCAGGGUGUGGUUGAGGCUAGAUUCCGCUCCUAUCCCCGUAUUGUGGGUGAGACUGGCGGAAAGAACUUUCACUUGGUUCAUUCGUCAGCCGACAUUCGCAACGCAGUAGUGCAAACCAUACGUGGUGCAUUCGAAUAUCAAGGGCAGAAAUGCUCAGCUUGCUCACGUCUCUACAUACCGAGGUCUAUUUCUGAAGACUUCCUGUCCCAACUUAAAGAGGAGACCUCGAAGCUCAAAGUCGGCGCUCCAGACGAAUCAUUUGAGAACUUUAUUGGGCCGGUUAUCCACAGAGCAUCUUUCGAUAAACUCAAGAGUGUGAUUGACUCUGCCAAGUUAGAUUCGUCUCUUAAUCUCCUGGUUGGUGGGAAAUAUAAUGACAGCAAAGGGUUCUUCAUCCACCCCACAAUCUACGUCGCCAACUCCCCCGCCCACAAACUCCUCAACGAUGAGCUCUUUGGCCCGAUCUUGACCGUUUACAUUUACUCCGAUGAGGACUUUGAGGGUGUUAUGAAGACUAUCGACGAGAGUGGUGGCGGAUAUGCACUUACCGGUAGUGUGUUUGCCAAGGAUAGGAUGGUUAUCAGAAAGGCUGAGGAUGCGCUCAGAAAUUCCGCUGGUAAUUUCUAUAUCAGUAAGUUUCGGAUUGCUUUAUCCCCGGAAAAAUUUCUGAUAAAGGAAAAGAUGCAAAGUGCACAGGCGCUGUUGUCGGCCAGCAGCCAUUCGGUGGGGCCCGGGCCAGUGGAACUAAUGACAAGGCGGGGAGUAUGAAUAUCCUGACUAGGUUUGUUAGCGCGAGAUCUAUCAAGGAGGAAUUCACGCCUAUCGAUAAGGUUCUCUAUCCCAGCAACGAUGUCUAGGCUUGAUAUUUUUCUUUCCUUCUUUUUUUCCCGUCCAUCUGGUUUGGUCGCGAUGUACUGUAGGAUACAGAAUUUCUUUUCAAAAGUGGACCACUUUCAAACUUGAGGCACAGGCUCUCACUCGCUUUACCAUUUGAUUCUUCCUUGUUGAUGGUCGUAGGAUCACUGAGGGCGCCCGGGAUAAUUUCAUUAGCAUGAUAGACACCACAUUCUAGCUAGAGCAAAAAGCCGUGGCCAUCUGGGGUCCCCGACGGAAGACAAGAGGUCUAUCUACAAGUCUCUACUAAACUGAUCCCAAAAGACAAACUCCGCUCGGCCAUCUCACCAACAAGUCCCUAUCAUACAACACAAGAUUGAGGCUCAACGCCAAGCCACUUACUACAUCGAAAAAGCCUCCAACCUACUCACCCCACCAGAAUACCGAUACAACCCUAGCUCUCACUCCUAACUCGACACCCCAUCUUCAACUCUCAUCCGACUGAAAAAUUCACCAGCUCCCACCAAUCCGCAUGUAAUUGACCACAAGCCUCCAGGAGCGACCCACUACAACUUGCUCCUGUCCCAACGCCCAAACAUGACCACCACUGCCAGCGCCACCACCACGACCCCAAAGACGCAGGUGGUCAACAACCCCCCCCGCAAAAACCACUUCCUUUUCGGCGGCUUUUCGGGGGUCCUCGGUGCGGUCCUGCUCCAACCCGCGGACCUUCUAAAAACCCGUCUGCAGCAGAGUCCCCCUACCACCUCCGCCACGCGUACACUGUUAACAACCCUCCAACAAAUCAUCUCCUCUCCGCAGCCCGUUCGCUCGCUGUGGCGCGGCACCUUGCCCAGCACUAUCCGAACGGGUGUGGGCUCAGCUCUGUACUUUUCUGCGCUCAACACAAUCCGCAGUGGGUUCUCUACCCGGCCUAGCACUACCGCCAGCAGCAGCCUACCUACACUCUCACCAUUGGGGAACCUUGCCGCCGGUGCUGGCACAAGGGCGGUGGUGGGGGGCCUACUGAUGCCGGUCACUGUACUAAAGGUCCGUUACGAAUCCAAUUUAUAUGCAUACCCAACAUUAUUCUCCGCCUGCAAAGACAUCCACAAAACUGAAGGAAUGCGAGGCUUCUUUAGCGGCUGGGGUGCAACCGCUAUCCGCGAUGCCCCGUACGCCGGGCUGUACGUAGUCUUCUAUGAGCAGAGCAAGAAGACACUCUCCCGGCUCUGGAAUACCGAGGGGGGUGGAGUAAUGGACAUCGGCACCGCCGCGGGAAUAAACGUACUCUCAGGAGCCGGCGCUGCAACCCUGGCUACUGCGAUCACUAAUCCGUUCGAUGCGUUGAAGACUAGGAUCCAGAUUGCCCCCGAACGCUACAGGAAUCUAUGGCACGCGGCGAAGGUAGUUGUGGAGGAGGAUAGGAGAUGGAAGGGACGGGCGCUUUUUGAUGGGCUGGGGCUGAGGAUUGCUAGGAAGGCGGUCAGCUCUGCGAUGGUUUGGGGGAUAUAUGAGGGAUUGGUGCGGUAGCCUGCCUUCUCCCCGAUUGGCGGAGGGGAGGCCGUGAGAGCGGAUGGAAAGUGUUUUCAUGUUUCUUAUUGCUGCUUGCGGGUAACCCCCAGCUUCAGCACUGUGCGGAAAGAAACAGAAACGGUGUAUACGGCGAUAAAGGUGAAGCCUAUCGAUAACAUAGAUCGCUUUCCUUAGGUUGGGUGCUUAUAGCUACUUAAUGGAUACGGUUUGUCAUACUUUUUCUUGCCUGUCUCCUCUCGCCUAUCACGGGUGGCCGUUUGCUUUCCGUUUGGGAAGGGAUUUGGCCGCGACCUUGGUUUGCGAGUGAGAUGUUGCGAUAGAGGUCGUUUAACCUGCGGCAGUACAACCAGGGUUCGCAGUCAGGCACGUAUGGUAAGCGCUAAAAAAAGAAAACUUGGCACUUAUACUAGCAUAUUGGCCACGUGAUAUCAGUUUGUGCCAAUAAGGAAGUGAAUAAAAGGAAGACUGACCAGCGGAUGCUAUGUUAUACUAGGACUUGAGAAGAGGAUUACUUAGAGUAUAGAAGAUGAAAUAAAGUAUCAUUGCCGGAAGUGGCAGUUUGUUUGGCCUGCUGGGUAUCGGGGGUACGCAGCAGAGACAGCUGCACAGU